AUGAUUGGAAUGGUCAAUGUGCAGUGCGAUUCACCAAUAGACUUCUAUGCUGCGGCACCUGUUCAUUUAACUCCACGGAACUCCAGACGGGAAAUAAACGGACGUAAGCAGCAGCUUCAAUACCAGUUUUCAAAUAAUAACCAAGCCUACCAUAAAGAACGAUUUCGCAUCGAGGCCUCCUAUGAAGCGAACCCCGUCCUACUGCGACGCAUUGUUCAGCGAGCCACAAGCUACAAAAUUGAAUACUCUCCUGACGGAAGAAAAAUGACCGACGGUGUUAUAACGGAGGAUGAAAUUCAGAGCCCUGUUGACUCGUACAAGACAUUAGAAUCAGAAUUGGCAAAGUUGAAUGUCAAAGGUGAGGGUAGACCCGUCACUGUACCGCUUCCACCUACUCACUUGGUGUCUCCGAAUCGAAUUGAAGGUGUUGAAAUGCAGUUGGAGGAAGAGGAAUCGAGCGAUCGAAAGUGA